AUGAAACAGAACUGCGUUGUAUUGCGCAUCGGAACUGGUAUUUUUUUUUACCUUUCCCUAGCAAGGGUCGGCGUAAUAGUGUAUAUUUGCCAUUACUGUAAGCUUUGCAGCUGUUAAAAUGAAUUUUAAAACUAUUUAAGGAUCUUCCGUCUUAAUUCCAGCGUGUUUACGCUGCUAUCGGUCAUUUAUUGCAUUUGUCAGGUAGCCUACAUUUAGAUCAACUGCAUCUCAGUCGUAGAAUUAAAAGUUACAGAAUAUUUAACUAGCAUCGUAGACUAUAGGACAAACUACUCGGCUUUAAGAAUGCACCGACUUCAAUUUAUUGCAUAUCGAUCUGUUAUUGCAGGUGCUUUUGAUCAGUACCAAAUACUGUCUAUGCAUUAUAUUAGAACACCAUGCCACAUACAGCCAGUAAGACAAAAAACACAAGGAUCCGUUGAAAAUUACGGAUUAAAGCGAUUUAGCACAGCGGAGGCAACUGUAGCAACGACAGAAAAUGACAGGAUACGAGGGAGGACCUUGACGAUGGAGACGCUUAACCCGCACGUAAAAGCAGUGGAAUAUGCUGUCAGAGGGCCCAUUGUUAUCAAGGCAGGGGAAAUUGAAAAAGGGUUACAGCAGGGUGUUAAGAAGCCAUUCACUGAGGUGAUUAAGGCCAACAUAGGAGAUGCACAUGCCAUGGGGCAGCCGCCAAUCACUUUCCUCCGGCAGGUGGUUGCUCUCUGCACAUGCCCAGAACUGCUAGACAGUCCCAUCUUUCCAGAGGACGCCAAACUGCGAGCUCGGCAUAUACUGCAGGACUGCGGCGGAAACAGUCUCGGCUCUUACAGUGCAAGCCAAGGGGUGGACUGCAUCCGUGAGGACAUCGCCGCGUACAUAGAGCAGAGAGACCUUGGGGUUCCUGCCAGCUGUGAUGAUAUUUUCCUCACCACUGGGGCCAGUGAUGGCAUUAUGACCAUUUUGAAGUUGCUGGUGUCGGGACAGGGUCGGUCUCGGACGGGCGUGAUGAUCCCCAUCCCCCAGUAUCCCCUGUACUCGGCAGCAAUCUCCGAACUGGAGGCUGUGCAAGUUAACUAUUACCUGGAUGAGGACAACUGCUGGGCACUGGAUGUCAAUGAGCUGCACAGGGCCUUCCACACAGCCAAACAAUAUUGCAAUCCCAGAGUGCUUUGCAUCAUCAAUCCUGGAAACCCUACGGGUCAGGUUCAGAGCAAGAAGUGCAUUGAAGAAGUCCUUCACUUUGCCUAUGAGGAGAAGCUGUUUGUUUUGUCUGAUGAGGUGUACCAAGAAAAUGUCUAUUCUCCAGAUUGCCAGUUCCAUUCCUUUAAGAAGGUCCUAUAUGAGAUGGGUGCUGAGUAUUUCAACAAUGUGGAGCUAGCCUCCUUUCACUCCACCUCCAAAGGCUAUACAGGAGAGUGUGGCUUCAGAGGCGGCUACAUGGAGGUGAUUAACAUGGAUCCGGAGGUCAAGGCCCAACUGGUGAAGCUGCUGUCAGUACGCCUGUGUCCCCCUGUGGCAGGACAAGCUGCUAUGGAUGUCAUUGUCAACCCUCCACGACCAGGAGAACCCUCUUUUCCAAAAUUCCUUGAGGAAAAGACCAGUGUGCUCGGGGCCCUGGCAGAGAAGGCCAAGCUGACAGAGCGGACCCUCAAUGCUGUCCCAGGGAUCACGUGCAGCCCUGUGCAGGGCGCCAUGUACGCCUUCCCCCGCAUCUUCAUCCCCCCCAGAGCUGUGGAGGAGGCCAAGGUGCUUGGGGUGACUCCAGACAUGCUGUACUGCCUGCGGCUGUUGGAAGAGACGGGGAUUUGCAUCGUUCCUGGCAGUGGAUUUGGACAGAAGGAGGGCACCUACCAUUUCAGGAUGACUAUUCUGCCCUCUACUGAGAAGUUGAAGCUACUUCUAGAGAAAGUGCAGUCCUUCCACAUCAGGUUUCUACAGGAAUACUCUGUCAUAGAAGAGCCUUUGAGAUGAACAUCCUGAAGAGGAAUAUGGAAGAUUUUGCAGAACACUCAGUCACAGCCAACCACAGAGUGUUUACCAUGUUUUUGAAAGACACACGUAUACUUAAAUUAAAUAAAUUUACAGCAACAAGUGAUAGUUGUUGUUCUUCAUCAUGCACCUGUAGACUACAGUGAAUUCAUGGUUGGCAAGGAAGCGAAGUGAGAUAUGGACUGAAGAGCGGGUGUUGUUGGUAUGAAGGGAAAAGCUUCAAAAUGAGGAUAGUGUGUUAAGUUUGCCCCAAAACAUGUACAACAUAUAGUUUUGUUUUUAGGCCUUUGAAAAAUAAGUGUCCAAAUGACCUUUAAUUUAAGCAUUUGUCAAGCAUGUGUCUCAGAAUUAUGUUGGUACCUUUUCAAAAGAUGAUGAAAUGUAGUUUAAUGUGAAAAUACAAUGCAUAUACAGAACAAGUUGUCCUUUACCUUGAAGUAACCCCCACUAAUUUCAGCCCCCAUUAAAAUUCAGCUCUCACACAUUUAUCCUUAUAUAUGGAAAACAUAUAUAAGGGUAUUGACAAUGGACUCUUAAGUGUCCAUACUUCCAUUCCAAUGCCAGUAUCAAUUAAUUAUACUAUAUACUAUAUUAUAUAUAUUAUAUUUACUAUAUUAAUUAUACUAUACUAUAAUUAUAUACAUUUUCUGAUUUUGUUUUCAAAGAAGAUUUGUGUUCCUUGUAUUGAUGUGUUUUUACUUUGUUUAAAAAGGCUUUUAAUGAAAAGCAGAUUUAAUAUUUGUUGUAUUCACUGUUUUGGACAAUAAAGACCAUUGGACCAUUUCUGCAUUUUA